AUGACUUCCACAGACAUUCGAGAAGCCGAACAACCGGAUCCCGAGAGCGAAGCAUCGCUGACCAAGUUUGCGAACUCUAUUGCCAGUCACACACAGAUGGUGACGAAAUAUCUUGAAUUUAAAAUGGCCAGCCGUGCCGCUGCAGUGCAAAGAGAAGAAGAACGGAAGGCCUCAAAGGCAAACCCGCUUGAAAGGAAAUGUCCUCUGGACGAGCCACGUGGAAAGAUGGCACCAGCCAAGCGAAAGAUGGAUGAUGGGAGGACCGAGAUCUUGAGCUGUAAACGCCAGAAGACCUGA